AUGGACUCGUUCCACAUCGAAACUGAAGACCUUGGCACCAUCAAUCAGAUCAUCAUUGGACAUGAAGAGGAGGGUUACGGUGCUGGCAUUUUCAUCGAAUACGUGCUGAUCACUGAAAACUUGAUAGACGGCCGUCAAUUCGUGUGCUAUUGCUCAAAGUGGUUCGAUAGUGGACAGGUCGGGUGCAUACUUAGUAAUCCAGUUUUUAUUUCCAAUGAAGGCGAGUUUCAGGUUGAUGGGAAAAUCGAGCGGACCCUACCAGUGUCGGCCUUCUACUACCUUAAUAGUGUCCCCGAUGAAUCGAUGACAUCACAAGGUCGAUGGGAGUUCAUUCUGCACAAUGGGAUGGAAGAUGGUACUGGUGGAACGACCUCAAACCUGAACAUCAUCGGCUACGGGACAACGGGCAGCUCAAUGAUGCAUAUCAAAAACGACAAAACCAUGUCUACUGUACCGGAUACUACACUUAUACAGGUGGAUUUCGGUGCUAUUGGUGACCUUCUCAAAGUUCGGUUUGAAGCAGAUGGAUCUGGUGAUGAACCGGAUUAUUACUUGGAAUGGAUCGAGCUACGCGAUCUUGACACUGAGGAGAGGAUAGCUGUGAGGGUCGGCAAAUGGAUGGACAUCACCGGCAAGCGCACGAAGAAGCCUCAAGCGUUUCGAGAGAUCAGCAUCUUCCGAUCUGGGGAUCAACCUUUGGAAAUGCAAAAUUACGAUGGCAAAGUUCUCGGCGGCGAUAUGAGUCUGCUUGAAAACGGGAAGCUAGAGGCACAACUCGUCGGUGAUUUUAGUGACAGCGGUGUAUUCCCGCUAAUCUACAACGAGAAGAAAAAGGAGUACUCAUUCAAGGUCGAAUGUGUUCAUCUUGGACGUAUUAACAGCAUCAAGAUCAUUGGCGAUUUCUCUGAGCAAGGUAACUCUUUAAAAAUCUUCUUAAUGCUCCUC